ACAUUUACACUUAUUACAAUAUAAGAUGAUGUAUGUCACUAUAUUUGUGUGUACAAUUUAGUUUCCUAUGGAACCAUAUGCACCUUACUCAAACAAAAAGUGUGCUUUGGAUGCCAUUACGCACAUCCAGAAAUUACUCCACGCUGAAUAAUGACUUCCAGUCGACACAGACUUGUCACUUACAUAAGGAGCUCUUAAAAAGGUUAACCUUCGAUAACUGCGAGAAAUUACCCGCGAUCAAUAAGAUGAACACGUUCAGUGUCCAAGAGCGCAGCAUCGGCAGUUUAUAUCGAUGUUGCCGUUUAGCAAACCUAAUCAUAAAUGACUGUAUUGAAAAGUUCAGGGCGGGACAACAGGCAUAACAUACAACUGUCCUCUUAUCUUAAAAAACACAUUUGAUAAGUCCAUCUGGUGUCGGCAUGGGAGUGCACACAAGUAUGCAUCUAUCUGCUUGUUAAACGUUAAAUUAUGACCGUUAGCGGGCGCCAAAAAACCACAACCGUCUCAAAGACAGCGGAUCAUCUCACACCAGAUCUAUUAACUGGUAUCUGCCACAUAGUGAGGCAUCCCGUUUGGGCUGGUGCCCUGAUGUCCAUUAUGAUGUCCACUGACACUACCUUCACAUAAUGUGACUGCAUUCUAGUCUAGAAAAACACAUAAUCAAAAAUUCUUAACCAGUAAAACAUUAAAAAGUCCAGACUCAAAACACGCAUGCGCAAACACACACACCUGUGGUUCCUCUGCCAAAUCACAGAACAUCAUGGAUCCGAAUUGCAUAGUUAUACAAUAUUUCAUUGUUCAGAAUCAAAGAACAACCAGUAUUUACUGGCCACAUUGUAAAGGCUUCCAUAUCAAACAUUAAUAUGAAUGUUUUUACUAACUUGCACUUCCUAGAUUUAUAUGCAGGUAUUAAAACGUAAAACUUUUCCUUAAACUUCAGUAACCGAGAAGGAACUAGUUCUAAACUCGUUCUGCUUUUAAAGUGGAAAUGAAACUCAUUGUAUGUGUGCAACUUCAAUCAACAAAGUCGAAAAACCCCAUCCACUUCCUGUCAAACUUGUGACUGUAGGAUUGACCAUGAGGAACAUAUAUCUGUAUAGCUUCCCCUGCGGACUCUCAGAGAGCUUCUUCCCACCCUGCCACAAGACACAGCCAUGGCUCUGAGAGUAGUCACCUUGCUAGGUUUCUCCCUGCUCCACUUCUGCUGCUCUCACCCCCUCAGCCGCCCAGACAGCAGCCUCAACAAGUGCCGCUCCGCCGCCAAGUCACUUCCGGCCCUGGAGGUGCUGCCUGGAGGGGGCUGGGACAACCUGAGGAACAUGGACAUGGGCCGGGUCAUGAACUUCAGCUUCUCCCUGUGCCUCACCACCGAGGAUGGCCUCUACCUCAUCCCAGACGAGGUCUUCGUCAUCCCCCAGAAGGUGACGGGAGUGGAGACCAACUCUGAGAUCAUCAGUUCCUGGUUGGAUCAGAGAAGCUCCACAUCUUCGUCCAUCAACGCAGACAUCUCUUUCUUCUCAGUCUUAAACGCAAAGUUUUCCACCGAGAACCAGAGGAUGAAGACCCACCAAGUCAGAGAUACCUCUGUCACCACCAGAGUUCAGGUACGCAACUUCCUCUACACCGUCAAGGCAAAUCCAGACUUCACCUUGGACUCCCGUUUUGCACGACAAGCAGAGGAAAUCGCAGACGCCAUCGAGAACAACCAGACUCGACAUGCCUCCUACCUCUCUGAGAGGAUGGUCCUGGACUUUGGCACCCAUGUGAUCACCAGUGUUGAUGCAGGGGCCUCCUUGGUGCAGGAGGACUACCUGCAAUCCUCUUAUGUGUCUGACGGUAAAACAGACAAGUCCUCCAUCACGGCAUCCGCAGGCAUCAACUUCUUCAACAAGGUGAACUUUAACAUCGGCAGCAAAGACGCCCAAGAGACGUCAGAGACCAAGGCUUACCAGGACAACGUCACCUACUCGAUCGUACAGAGCCAUGGAGGAGUGCCCUUCUACCCUGGCAUCACCCUGCAGAAGUGGCAGGAGAGCACCUCAAACAACUUGGUGGCCAUCGACCGGUCAGGCCUGCCGCUUCACUACUUCAUAAACCACAACACCUUCCCUGACCUUCCACGCCCCACCGUCGGCAAGCUGGCGCUGUCGGUGAGCCAGGCCAUAGGACGCUACUACGCCAUCAACACCCGCCCAGGAUGUGUGAAAGCAGAUUCACAGAACUUCAACUUCCAGGCCAACGUAGACGAUGGGUCGUGUGAAGGCCCAGCCACCAACCUCAGUUUCGGAGGAGUGUUCCAGCAGUGUACCAAGCUCACCCCCGAUGCAGACCCGAUAUGUCAGGCCUGGGACCAGAAGAACCCAGAUACAGGAGACUAUUCCUGUCGCCCACCCUACCAACCCACCCUGCUACGCUCUGAGGUCAGAGACGAGCGCUACAGCCAGUAUGUCUGCCAUCGUUCCUGCCAUAGAUGUGGAUUCUUGUGGCUCAGCCAUUGCUGUGAUAACAACUGUGGAGAUGAGUACCAUGUCCGAUCGGCUCGAAUCCAAACCUACUGGUGCUCCUCCAACGAGAAGAUCUCAGAUAACUCAGGUUAUCUCUUUGGGGGGCUCUACGGCCCCUCCCUCCAGAAUCCUUUAACCAAAUCCAAGAGCUGCCCUCCAAACUUCAUCCCACUGAAGAUGUUUUACGGCGGCCUGAUGAUUUGUGUGAGUAACGACUACGAGACUGGCUCCCGGUUCUCCGUGCCCUUCGGCGGUCUGUUCAGCUGCGAGUCCACCAACCCCCUGGCUGGGGGCCAGUCUCGCUGCCCUCCCCAGUUCAGCCAGCACCUCGCUACCGUCAGCGACGGCUGUCAGAUCCUCUACUGCGUCCAGUCUGGUCUGUUCACAGGUGGGCAGCUGCUGCCAGUCCGUCUGCCACCCUUCACCCGUCCUCCGCUGGUCAGCAUGUCGGCCACCAACACAGUGGCGGUGAUGACCGAGGGAGGCCGAGCCUGGGUCAGAGUUGCACAGACCAAGAUGUGGAAGACGGUCAAACCAGAGGAGAUCCAGGAAAUGGUCAGGAUGUUCAACCCAGAGUCAGACCAGCUGUCAGAGGGACAGAAGUUUGGCGUGGCCUUCGGAGUGAUUGUUCUGGUUGUGCUGGUAGCUGUUGGGGUGGUGCUAGUUAGGAGGAGGAGGAGGAGGGGAUUUCCAGGGCUAGUGAGGGCCAGGGGAUAUGAGGAGAUCGACAGCGAACGGCAGAGUGAGAGAGAGGAAGUUGAGGUACAAGCAGAACUUCCCUCUGACUCACAAAGCACGUCAUCCUCUUAGACGGAUUCAGGUUGUACCAUUCCUUCCUUGGGCAAUUAUAUGAAUAGAAACAGAAAUUUGUGAAACAAACAUUUUUAACCUUCAAUAAUAACGACUAUAAUUUAAGUCUCCUUUACUUUUCUUUAGUAAACACUCUUGGCCUUAAUGAUUUUUAAAAGCAUGUCUCAAAAUUUAAAUAAUUUGUGUAACUAACUGAAAAACUGUUUCCACAUCUGAUUUUACGACUUGAUAACCUAUGUGACUGACGAUUCUUUCUUGCUGACUAAAUAAAUGUGUCAAAAGAAAA